AUGAGCCUGAGCAAGGAUAACAAUAGCAAUAGCUACAACAAUAACAAUAGUAAUAACAAUAAUAUCUAUUCUCUAUCACUAAGACGCGCCACCAACCAUUUAAAAAAACAGAAUCCUUCGGUUCAUAUGAGAUUUACUUGGGACCCAAUGCUUACAGAUUAUCCUCAACCAUUCCUCGUGCUAGAGCUAAGAUCAGCUAUGGCUAACAACUGUGAAGACUUACGCGAGAAUGCAAGCCCCUUUUGGCAGCAGUUUAAAGAUUAUUUCGAGCAUCUUUCCACAGUCACCACCAAGUUUCUAGAGAAGGAGCCUCUGAACAACGAUUUGAAUAUCAUCAGCCAAAGUCAUCAGCAGCUACUGCUUCAGCGUCCCUUACAAACGCAAGAGCAUCCAAUGGUAACAUCCUCAGCUCCGAUCCCCGAUUUUCCUGGCCAUCUCGAUCAGCAGUCUACCGAAAACCUUGGUCUGACUGAAUCUGUGCCACCAUCGUCUAUGCCUUUGAUGCCUCUGAUACCUUUGGCUUGUUCAACCGAGAACGGUUCUCAUAUUCCACAGCCUCAAAUUGGGCCCUCAUCUCAGAUGUUGCCUGUAUACCCAUCUAUUCCACAUCUCGCUAUACAAGGUUAUAGUCAAAGGCCUUACGACCAAGGACUUGAAAAUGUCACAGAUCCAGUCAUUCACCACAAUUAUGAGUUCGAUCACACUCCUACUACUUCUGUUGAGCAUAUACCACAGGCGCUUCAAAGGCUACUGAUGCAACUUGAUACAUGCGAGGAGCAGCGCAUGGGUACUGAGCCGCCCUUGCUUGGCACUUUUUUAUCCAAUCUCCCUCCCUCCCCCUAUACCUCCGGCUCUAUAGGCAUCCCUACCCCCACUACUACCUAUACAUUACCCAUAUCGUCAGCAUCAUCAUCGUCAGCCUCAGGAUCAAGUAGGAGAGAAGAGAAAAUAAGAAAUCCAGCACGCGGUAGUGGCGGCGGCCGUGAAGCGAUCGUUCGGCGAAUGGAAAAAUACAUGCGAUUCAAAAGCCCUGAACGUCAUCCAGUGACGGACAAAUAUUAUUGUCUAGGAUGUCCUCCAGGCCGAGAGUACCACUUCACAGAGAAUUCACAGCUGCAACGCCAUUCUAACAGACAUAAUUUCACGCCUGCAAACCGUCGAUUCCGAUGUGAUAAUUGUAAUCGAGGAUUUGAUCGCAUGGACGCAUUGACACGUCAUGUGAAGGCUCCAUCGUAUGACGAGUGUAUGGAAGUGGCUACUUACUCUGAAUUUGACAUCGAUGGCAACCGAGUCAAAUCGCAAGAACCUAUUUUCGACCGAGGAAGAAGAGAUGAUUUCUAG